AUGCAGCAAACCAACGCUGAAGCAGGUCCCAGCACUAUCAAACCUAUCACUCAAAUUAUUGAAACACCAACGCCGGCGUUUGAAAGAUGGCGUAGUUCCCUUGCUCACAUGACAGGGCUUGGACUCACCGACGAAGAGAAAGCCGCGAGAGAAGAAUUACGAGUAAACCAAAAAUUGGAAAGGGAUUGGGAACAAUGUGAAAAAUGGAAAACUCAACUUAUAGAAACUAGUCCUGUGAUAGUGUUCAUGUUGAAACAUCUACGACUCUCCGGAUGUCCUUUCGAAUCAUCUUCAAUCCAAUGUCAUCCUUGUUCCGAAACUCGAGCAGGAGGUUUUAGUCCGGAUUUCGGUGUCUUGUUAUGUCAAGAUCGAUUCAUGUCAAAGAAACAUAUGGAAGAUACUAUGACUCAUGAAUUACUACAUGCUUUCGACCAUUGUAGGUUCAAAGUUGACUGGAACAAUUUACGUCAUAUGGCUUGUAGUGAGAUAAGAGCAGCAAACCUUUCGGGGGACUGUCGAUGGAUGAGGGAGAUUAACAGAGGUUUCAUGGGGUUUUCCAAACAACAUCAGACUUGUGUGAGAAGGAGAGCGGUUUUAUCAGUAGAGAUGAACCCUUCUUGUUCCUCAAGAGAACAAGCUGAGCAAGCGGUCAAUGAAGUUUGGGACAGCUGUUUCAAGGAUACCAGACCAUUCGAUGAGGUAUGUCGUCGUGUAAAACGGGAGCGAGCGAGGAUUUGA